CGCCUGCUCGUCUCCAUGGCCACCCUCGCGACACGCCCCGACCUCCUCCUCGUCGCUCUGAGAAGGUCCCGCCCUAGGACGCUUCGCGCCCGCGCCGGAGCCGCCGCCCCACGCGUCCGCGGCGCUCCCGUGCCACCGCGGGCCACGCGGCCGCGGCGCGUCUUCCUCGGCCUCGGCGUCGCAUUUGUCGACCAGCUCGCCUCCAUGGUCUCGAGCGGCGUUCCGUCCCGCUCGUUCGUCGCCGCGGCGCGGCCAAGGCAGGGGGUCUCCCCGGUCGAAGAGAUUUUGAAGAACGUGGAGUGGCCGGACGAGUUCCCCUUCAAGCCCGACGACUUCAGCCGCUUCGACGAAUCAUCAGAUGCCGAGUUCUACUCAGCUCCCCGUUUCGUCACGCACAUUGAUGACCAAGCAAUCAGGGCUCUCACAAAAUACUACUCCCAAGCUCUUCCUCCAAGCAACUCUCCAGGCGUGGCCAUCCUGGAUAUGUGCAGUAGCUGGGUGAGCCAUUACCCACCCGGGUACAAGCAAGAGAAGAUCAUUGGGAUGGGUAUGAAUGAAGCCGAGCUCCAAAAGAAUCCGGUUUUGACAGAGUAUGUUGUGCAAGACCUCAAUGUGAACCCAAAGCUUCCUUUCGAGGAUAACACUUUCGAUGUUAUAACCAACGUGGUUAGUGUAGACUACUUGAACAAACCAAUGGAUGUAUUUAAGGAGAUGCGACGAAUCCUUAAACCAUCUGGAUUAGCUAUCAUGAGUUUUUCAAAUCGCUGCUUCUGGACAAAAGCUAUAUCUAUCUGGACAUCAACUGGUGAUGCUGAUCAUGCUUGGAUAGUUGGUGCUUACUUCCAUUAUACUGGAGGUUUUGAGGCCCCUGAGGCAAUUGAUAUAUCUCCCAAUCCAGGACAAACAGAUCCGAUGUACAUUGUGUGCUCCAGAAAGAAAACAGCUUAGAAAAGUAAUAAAUAAAUAAAUAAAUUGUGUACGGAGGUUUGAGUAAAGGAAAAUUGUAUAGCUGUACGUACCCAAGUGUUAGCUAAGGCUAAAAGGCCUGAACCGGUACAAGGUUUCAGAACCGCA